AGUACCGGAUAAUAUUCCAGGAAUUAUCCGUAUCCUUUUGCAAUCGAAAUUGGUGGGCUAUCCAAACUCCUCGGGCACACUAAAGCAUGGCGUACGGGACCAACCUGUGGUUGGACGACGAGGAGAACUUGGUGUUCGACUUCGAAGCGAUCUUGCCAUCUCUCCAUGAGUCCACUCCUGUGAUUCUUGUGGACGAAGAUGGGAAGAAGGAUUUUAAGCGAGGAACGGUCGUGUGUCGACAUUGGCUGCGCGGGUUGUGCAUGAAGGGCGACAACUGCGAGUUUCUGCAUCAGUACGAUAUGUCCAAGAUGCCAGAAUGUCGGUGGGGCAUGGAGUGUCAAGUGCCCGAAUGUCCGUUUCGCCACGUCCCCGACGAAGAUCGCAUGGAAUGUGCGUUUUACAAGCAAGGGUUUUGCUCCCACGGCGCCGCGUGUCGGUAUCGCCACGUCAAGUUGUCGCGCGAAGAGUGUCCAGUGAUCGCCGACUUUGGUUUGCAGAGCAAGGUCGCGGAAGAAGAGAGUGCCAAGCGUCGCAAGGCCCAGCCGGUGAACGAAUUCUUUAAGAUUGCAAUCUGCAAGCAUUGGGAAAAGCAAGGCUCGUGUCCAUUUGGUGACGAAUGUCAUUUUGCACACGGAGACAAGGAACUGCGCCCGUUUCCCAAGGACGGACACGGCGGUCCGGGAGGUGGUGGCAACCACCACAUGGGCGGAGGAUCCCACCAGAUGAUGCCGCCACCUCCGCAUGUGAUUCCGUUCAAAGCGCCGGACGUGCCGCCGUCAUUCGUCAUGCCGGACGCGGAAGGAUCGUCCACGUACAUUGUGCUGCGGUCGCACAGCUACCAAAACUUGGCGCAGUCUGUGCACCAUCAAAAGUUUGCCGCCGCUGGCUCCACCCUUCAGCUCAUUCAGGACGCGAUGACCAUGGCCGAUCAAGUAUUUUUGUUUUUGUCCGUGUCGCCGAGCUUUCAUUUCCAAGGCGUUGCGCGCAUCGUGCAAGUACCUACGGGGGAUGACGCGGGCGUGUCAUUAGCCGACAGCACCGUGCCGUUCGCAGAGUGGCGCGGCGACUUUGGCGUGGAAUGGCUGCGGACUUGCGAGAUUCCAUUCGAAUCGGCCGACACGAUUCCCACGGCCAAGGACGCGGCGCUGUCCAGAUUACCAGAUGGGACCGAGUUGACGAAAGAGUGCGGCCAUGCGUUGCUGGAGAAGAUGUUCUUUCACCCGAUGAUCCGCCUGCACAUCAAGUCGGUGGAGGAUGAAGGCGUGCUCCCGGGCGGCGCGUUCGAACUCGCCAACCGCCGCCGCCACGCCGCCGAAAGCGUCGCCAACUUUGUCGACCCCGCGCGACUCAUGCCGAGUGCCCACGUGGCUCACCGAUGGCAAGUGGACCUCCCUGGCUACGUCUUUGCAUGCAACGGCGCCACCAUCGACGAAAGUUUCGGCCGCAUGCUGUUUGGAUUGGCCAAAGACCAGGAGCAAGUCGCAGUCAAGAACGUGCAAGUGGGCACGCCGCUGUUCCUUCUCAACAUGAGCGACCGCCACGUGUUGGGGAUGUUUGAAGCCACGUCCUCCGUCGGCAUGAACAUCAUUCCGAACGCAUUCACCGCCGGCAUGCCGCCGGGGACGACGGCGACGCCGUUCCCAGUGCAAGUGCGCUUCCGCUUUGUGUUUGACGCACCGCCUAUGCUGAACGACUUGCUCAAGAGCGUGCCGGGGCUCGAGCGAGGGGUUCGCAUCGGUCCCCUGACGCUCGAAGCCACGCAAACCCUCGCGAAUGUGUUUGCCGAGCGAUGCAAAGCGACCAAUUUAAACCAGGAUGGCGCCAAGGUGGAGAAAAAGGCAAACGAAGAACAGUUUAUUGUCGGAAUUGAAGAAGACAAGGAGUUUGGCGUCGUGCAAAAGAUCCUCGGACCCCAAGGCGGCAGUCAUGUCAAGCGGAUCAUUCUGGACGCAGGUGGCAAUGCCAAAGUGCGGCUGCGGGGCCGUGGAAGUGGAUUUAUUGAGGCAAAUGGAGAAGAAGCCAAGGACCCGCUGAUGCUCGUGGUGUCGGCAGACAACGACCGAAGCUUCCGCAUCGCGUGCGACGCAUCCAGGGACCUCUUGGGGUCGGUGCAUCGCGACUACCAGGCGUACCUCCACAGCAAACACCGAGGGGGGUUUCCCCCCAUGAUGGGCGGGCGAGGCAUGCGCGGGCCGCCGCCGCCGUUCCGAGGACCCAGAGGGCCGCCCCCAGGCGGGAAUUACCGUGGUCCGCCUCCGCCACAUCACCGAUAAAACAAAAAACGCAUAUUAUAUUAAACGCAA